GCGGGGCCUGUAAAUCGACAAGAUGGCGGCUUCGUGGUGGUCUUUUUGUCAAAGUCGAGUUUUGCGCAUUUCUUUGCAAAAAUCAAGCGCCUCUCUUACACCCAAAGUUAUCCGUGCAUGGACUCGACCUGUCUGCACCUCGUCCUCGCUUUAUAGAGAGGACACACAGCUAGAAGACAACCCAUACUAUGAAAAGUAUGCCGACAAAAUCAAAGCAGCACAGGAGUUGCUACAAAAACAAGAGGACACAAGAAGUUUUGAAGAUAAAUUUAAAGUUGACAAAAGAGUAGUGGAAGAGACAAAGAAAUUUAAGCAGAAGGUGGAGAAGAGUAAGCAAAAGGCUAAAAAGACAAUGACAAUCAACACACUCUCUGAAAGUGGAGAAAAAUCUAAAUAUGGUGAAAAGACUUUGGAUUCUGUACUUCGAAUGGAACUUAUUUCAGAACUAAGCGGUGAGGAAAUAGGAAAGUUAUGGAGGGAAUUCCAUAAGGAUAAAGACUGCAUCAGUGCUGUUAUCCCUGCAAAUGUCUACAAAACAAUUGAAGAAAGAUCAACCAAAUAUCCACUGUUCAUCUACCCAUUACCGAGAGAAAGUGGCUAUGAGUUCAUAUACUCAGAGUUCUCAGGGAAACACUGCUAUUUGACAUCACUGAUAAACUUUCAGACAAUGGCAGAGAAUGCACCAUGGUUUCUGGCUGUUACCCAUUUCACAGAGCUCCAAGAUACAAAAGGAGUUGUGCUGAUGGUGGGAGAAGUUGACACAAAUCACUUGAGUGUUGUUGAUGCCCAAUGGCUGGCCUACCAGAUCCAGAUGUAUUACGCUUCAGACAGUGCUGAAAGAGAAUCCUUACUUCAUACCUUUAACAUUGAACCAAACAAGUUUGACCACAUGUCUGUUGUCGAACAGCUGAACAAUGAGAUUGCUUCUGGUGCGAUCACUGCUGAUUCCCAACUGAAGAAGUAGCUAUGUGCACUUGGGGAAUUGACUUUAGCUCUUAAACUCUUUCUUACCGUUACACCAAAUAUACAGCAUAUUUGUGGAAAUAAAGACUUUUAUUAAUGUA